GUAGAAGCAACGGGGGAUGAUGAGAGGAGAGGCAAGCAGUUUGGGGAGGGGCUGGCCUGCAGUGAGGUUACAAAGGAGAGUUCUUGAACUUCGUCAAGUAUAGAAGGGACCACAAGGGGAGAACAUGUACUAGAGCAGGACUGGAAAAAGUGUGAGAGUCAUGGUCCACAUUUUCAGCGUUAAGAAGAUAAAAGGAGGGGUGACCAUGGCCUAGCGACGGAGCAGGCAUCACUGCCCACCCGCUAAUGCACUGUAUUCCUUUGGCAAGUACCUCUCUGGACCUCUGUUCCCCAUCUUAGAAAGGCUCUAAGCAUACUGGGCGCAAAGGAUACGCUGGUGUGACGGGACCCAGUUAGUGACUCCCUGGGCGUGGCGUAGCUGAAGAGGUGUAACAUGGCAAAGUCUAGGGUGGGAAGAACUUGGACAAAGCGGGCGGGGCAACGUCUUGAACACCAGUUUGCGCAUGCACCUUGAGGGAAGCCGGCGUUCUGCGCGUGCGCGUGCGCGAGCCCUGGAGGCCGCCGGCCGCCGGCCGCGCAUGCGCCCUCGUCUGGCGGGAGUUUUACCGGAGGCGGGGCUGGCGCGGGUGGCGGAUCGCCCAGCGGGCCCAGACCAGGAAGGAGCCUCCGCUUUGGUGCAGGGCGUGCGGGGGUCACCCGGGGCCGCGGAGAGUGGCCUGCGACCUUGUUUUUCGGGGACGGAGGCUUUGGGCUGGACGGGCGUCGCUCUGAGGUCAGGAAGUCGCAGACGUCUCCCUGGACGCGGCCCCGCUCACCCGCGCACCAUCCUCUUUGGGGUCGGACACCUCGGCCCAGCCCAGACCCAACCCGUCGUCACCCCCGACAACGGGGACUAGGGGGGCUCUGCAGCCACCUCCGGGGUUCUCCACCCAGGAUGACUUCUAGAUCAGAGACUGUAGAAGUGCUAGAAGAGGAACCAGUGGCAUCUAAGACUCAUGAUCGUCAAUUGGAAUCAGAUCCCAACCCUGCGGAAGCGUGUGGUAAUUCGUCCACCUCCCUGGAGAUGACUGAAGGCGUUUCAAAGGAACAGAUUCACCUUGGCUCUAGCCCUAAAAAAGGGGAAAGUUGUGAUCUCAGCCACCAGGAAGGACUUCAUUCCAGGUCCCUUCAUUUGUCCCCCCAAGAACAGUGUGCCCGUCAUCAAGACAGGAGGCAGUCCUGGCGGCGAGCAAGUAUGAAAGAAACGAACCGGCGGAAGUCACUGCCUCCCUUUCAUCAGGGCAUCACAGAGCUCUGCAGAUCCAUCAGUGUCAACAUAGCAGAAAGGAAACGGCUGGGCUGUCUCCUGCUUUCCAGUUUCCAGUUCUCUGUUCAGAAACUUGAACCUUUCCUAAGGGGCACUGAGGGCUUCAGUCUUGAAAGUUUUAGAGCCAAAGCAUCUUCUCUUUCUGAAGAAUUGAAACAUUUUGCAGACAGACUGGAAAGUGAUGGAACUCUACAAAAAUGUUUUGAAGAUUCAGAAGGAAGAGCACCAGAUUUGUCUCUGGAAACAUCAGUGGCUGAGAUGAAGGAAUAUAUAACCAAGUUUUCUUUAGAACGUCAGAGUUGGGAUCAGCUCUUGCUGCACUACCAGGAGGAGGCUGAAGAGAUCAUAUCCAGAGGAUCAACUGAAACCAAAAAUACUGAAGUUGAAGUGGAACCUACAGCAUAUCUUGGGUCUUCCCAGAGUGAAGUCCUUAAUACAAAGCCUGACUACCAGAAAAUAUUACAGAACCAGAAUAAAGUCUUUGAUUGUAUGGAGUUGGUGAUGGACGAACUGCAGGGAUCCAUGAAGCAGCUGCAUGCCUUUAUGGAGGAAAGUACCCAGUGCCUCCAGAAGGUGUCAGUACAGCUCGGGAAGAGAAGCACGCAACAAUUAGAUCCUUCACCAGCUCGAAAACUGCUCAAGCUUCAGCUACGGAAGCAGCCUAGCACAUGUUGCUCUAAAUCUUGUCAGUGACCUUAUGCAGCUUUUCUGCCACAGGAUGCUCCAGAGGAGAGAAACAGGAAGAGUGCCCCGGUGCACGGCAGCUGCACAGCGGGCUAAGCUGUGACAUCUGCCCUGUUGCCUUUGAAGAUAACUGGCUGACUAUAAAGCACUUCGAUUUUUUUCUUAAAAUGAUGGAAUUUAUGCAUCUGAAAGAAUGUCCUAUAGAAACUUUUUCCAAGAAUGUGCAAAGUGCUUGAGACUUCUGCUUUGGAAUGACCUUCAGAACUAGUGGCCCAUUCUUUUAAAUAUCCUUUGUGAUGAGAAACCUUCCUCUUGUGAAGAUGUUUUUCAGGCUUUGAAACAACGCAAAGUCAUUCAGGGCCAAAUCCGAUAAACAUUUUAGGGGUCGUCCUGGUUGUAAAGGGAAUGAGACUGAUUUCUAGUGUGGCUUUGAAGGUGAUUUUAGGAUCGUGUUUUAGCAUCGUGUGGAUACAUAAAUCACAUCACAACAUGUCCAAAUUGAAGGAAGUACCACUCAUUCUCUAUAUCCUGUUGUCUAUAGUGUGCUUUAGCUUUUAAUAUUGAGUGGACAUCCUAAAUCCUGGAUUCAUGGCAAGAAGGGGUUAAGUACCUCUUUUCAUUGUUCUCCAUAUUUGUUAAUAAUAUGCAUUAUAAGAUUGCACAUA